CGUCUGAACGUACGCGUUACGUCUCGGACUGACGUCACCACGUACACCCUGACGUUGUUGGACUCUGGACGCUCUCUCUGCUGCACCACCUGCCAGCUGGGAAGUUAGCAAACCAGUUCAGCACAAGUUUCAACCAAAUACUGUGAUUUAACAAGAUCAGACAUGGCCCUCACACAAGUGUCCUCCAACAAGUGCGCUGGUGGCUUCCAGAAGGUUUUCGAACAUGAAAGCACUGAGCUCAAGUGUAAGAUGAAGUUUGCAGUCUACGUGCCUCCCAAAGCUGAGACGGACAAAUGUCCCGUCAUGUACUGGCUCUCUGGUCUGACGUGUACGGAGCAGAACUUCAUCACCAAAGCUGGUAGUCAAGUCCCUGCUGCAGAGCACGGCAUCAUCAUCGUCACACCGGACACCAGCCCACGUGGCUGUAACAUCGAGGGGGAGGAUGAGAACUGGGAUUUUGGUACUGGAGCUGGUUUCUACGUCGACGCCACACAGGACCCCUGGAAGACCAACUACCGCAUGUACUCCUACAUCACUGAGGAGCUCCCCAAAUUGAUCAAUGCUAACUUCCCCACCGAUCCAGACAAGAUGUCCAUCAGCGGUCAUUCCAUGGGCGGCCACGGGGCGCUCAUCUGUGCGCUGAAGAACCCUGGGAAAUACAAGGCUGUGUCUGCGUUCGCUCCCAUCUGUAACCCGAUGCAGUGUCCCUGGGGACAGAAGGCCUUCUCAGGAUACCUGGGCUCUGACAGGUCCACGUGGGAGGCGUACGAUGCCACCGUGUUGGUGUCGUCAUACUCCGGUCCUAAGAUCGACAUCCUCAUCGAUCAGGGCUGCGAUGACCAGUUCCUGUCAGCCAGCCAGCUGCUGCCCGACAACCUGAUCGCCGUCUGCUCCGAGAAGAAAAUCCCCGUCGUCUUCAGACUGCAGCCGGGCUACGACCACAGCUUCUUCUUCAUCUACUCCUUCAUGAGCGAUCACAUCAAACACCACGCCAAGUUCCUCAACGCCUGAACUGCCACCAGAGGAGAGGACCGUUCAGGUCGGCUGCUUCCAACUGUUUCAGACACGUCAGUCCAGUUCACUUUGACCCUGUUGCUCUGCUCUCCUGACAUCAAUCACAACCCGAUGUAAUUUUUUUUCCCGGACUUCCUGCAGAAUUUAGUACAAUAACAUCACCUGUUCCCUGGUAACCAAAUCCUAAAAUAAAACAAGACGGAAGCCUUUCUGCCUUCAGUUUAAACAGCACUUACUUACUAUUAUUUGAUUCUGUGUUUUGGGUAAUUGAGCCACAGGAAAUAAAGAAAUGUUUCCUGUGACCCGACAGUGACCAUGUGGAUUUUGCCGAGUCAUCAUUUUGUCAUUGAACAGUCACAGCUGUAUUUUUCUGAAUAAAAUCCUCAUUUAUUCACUUUA